AUGGUCUUCAAAUUUCCUGCAGCAAGUUAUGCAGCUUCUAUGGUGAACCGGCUAUCAUGUAAUAGCCCUCAUGAGCGCUCAUCAAAGCAACAAUUUACUUCAGAUGCUGUCAUUAAGGAUUGUAUGUGCAUGGAACCAAAUGAAGCCGAAGAUAGUGGUAAUGGAGCAGCAAGCCACAAGCGAAUUUCUAAGUAUCCAAGGUGA